AUGCGUCUCGAUUACGUGCCGAACCCGCCCACAAACCUGUCCGCAGAGGACCAGGAGGUGCUUGAGCGCGUCAAGGCACGUCGGGGAGCCAUGGGCCUCAUACCAUUGGACUUGACCUUGUUGCAUGCGCCCAAGAUCGCAGAUGGCUGGAACGCUCUCCUUGGAGCCGUGCGGACAAAGAACUCUCUAUCAGACGACAUCCGCGAGAUUGCCAUCUGUCGACCUGCUCUGAUUAACAAAGCCUGGUUCGAGUGGAACGCGCAUGCACCUAUUCUCCUCAAAUCCGCCGGGUUCACAGAAGAGAAACUGGCGGUCGUGAAGCAGCUGCAUCCAACAGAAAAAGGCGCAUUGGACGACCGCCAGUGGGCUGUGCUGCGAUAUGCUGACGCCAUGACUCGGGACGUCUCAGUUCCCCAGAGUCUGUUUGAGGAGGUCAAGGCACAGGGCUUUAAUGAGCAGGAGAUUGUGGAGCUUACGGCCACUGUUGCGAGUUAUAACCUGGUCAGUCGGUUUCUGGUCGCAUUGGACGUUGGCGAACAGAACGAUAAAGCUCCAGACUGGGCCUCGAAACUAUAG